UAUACUGGCUGAAUAUAGCAGAUGUUCCUGUAGGACUGCACACCCUGUAAUUCCACUGUCUAGAGCAGUCCAAAGAUGGCAGAAGGAUGUGAAUUUGACCUGAACUACAUCACAGAACGCAUCAUUGCUGUAUCCUUCGAUCAGACAUGUCCAGAGAAGACCUACCUGCACAACUUGCACAACAUCACACAGAUGUUGCAGUCCAAACACUCAGACAAUUACAUGGUUAUCAACCUCUCAGAGCCCAGGGAUGAGCUAAGGAGGAUGAACGUCAGGGUACUGGAUGUUGGCUGGCCUGAACAGCAUGCUCCAUCCUUACAUUUACUGUGUUUUAUGUGUAAAAGCAUCGAGAACUGGCUCAACACACACAGCGAGCAUGUUCUCCUUCUACACUGCAGGGGAACAAAAGACCGGGUAGGAGUAGUGAUUUCAUCCUACUUCAACCUUCCUAGCGUCUCUAGCAGUGAAGAGAAGGCUUUAGAUUGCUACACCAUGAAAAGGUUCUACAGUGAUAAGCUGGCUUACCUCAUGACUCCAUCACAGAAAAGGUAUGUGCAGAUGUUUGGCAAGCUCCUGGCCCAUCAGAUAAAGAUAAACUCCUCUCCUCUCCUCUUCCACUGCAUCUCUCUGAAGCACAUGCCAAGCUUGCACCCCACAGUAUGUGAACUAUUUGUGAGAGUAUACCAAGACAUGCACCUGGUGUGCACAACAGGAAUACACCAGGUCUCUGUGAGGCAGACAGACAAAGUGUAUUUUGCACUGGAACCACCACAGCUUCUCAAAGGGGACAUUGUGAUUGUAUGCUAUCACAGGAAUGUUGAAAAGAGGACUCGAGAGACUGUAUUUCGCUUACAGUUUCACACAGGCACUCUUCAUGGACACCCUUCAGUCUUCCACAAAAAGGACCUCGAUCUGGCGAAUAAAGAUCCCAGAUUUCCGGAAGAAGGAAAGGUGGAGGUAGUUUUCUCAGAAGAUAUGGCAAAAAUUCCAGGUUUCCAGCAAGGUAGUGUUGGCUGGAAGAACAGCUCUGCGGUUAUCGUUGUCUAUGACACUCUGGAACCUCUAGUUCACUGGGAUUCUUAUGAGAACAUUACAGCAGGAGCUCAGCAGACUGAAUGUGCGCUGUCAUCUGUGAGCAGUGAUUCUGGGCUCUCCACUAACUCUCUGUGGACCGGAGCAGCAGGCACUGGACUCCAGAACCAAGUCCAGAAAGGCACUGUUAAGGGCAGCAUGGCAGGAGAGCAGCCUCGUGUUCAUGUCCUAACCUCUGAGAUUGCUAUCAUGAGUGGCACAGAUGAAAGAGCAACAGAGGAAAAUUUUCAUCAUAUAGACCCUGCGUUUUACAUGAAUGGUAAAACUACGAGUGCACAACGAGAAACCAGUAUCCUAGGUGAUGAGGAUGAAUGUACACGUUCCGCUAUAGUAUCAAAAUCUUCAGAAACAGGCCUUAAUCUUCCUGGUUUGAGUCGAUGUGAGUACUCUGGCCAGUCAGAAGAUCCUGGAAAUGGGAUGGACGUGACACGAACUCACACUUGUGCAUCGUCUAGCAAUGAUCAGACACACAUUUGGGUGAAGCAGCAACAGCUAGUCUCUCCUGGUUCUUAUAUGUACACCAUGUCAGAUAGACUGGAGCAGAAGGUGAAAUCAGGGAUUAAAAAUGACUCUCUGGAGCCGGAGGCAGACAAGGAUGAUGAAUUUGCUUCCCUCGCCUUGGAUAUUGACCAAUCAAUUGAGCAGCUGAACCAAUUGAUCCUAGACCUGGACCCAGAGUUUGAACCUGUACCCACACUGGCUAGAGGUCACAUGACCAGCUCAACCUCUGUGCUCACCAAUGGAGGUGGACACUUAGUUGGCCAAGCAAAAUCCAGCCAAUCAGGCUGGAGGAAUAAGCCGAUUACUAAUGCCACUAAUGAGCCUGGAUCCAGGUGCAGUGAUGGAGAUUUUUUACAACCAUUAUCAAAGCCUGCUGCCUACAAAUCAUCCGAGUGUGGAAGUCUACAUGGUAGUGACACUGUGGAUUAUGGGGAUUUCAGUUCCAAGACUGACAGUCUGUUAUGGGUGGAUCUUAACCAAUCUUCACUGACACCUGCAUUUCCUGUGACACCUCCUACACCUUACGUGAAGGGUGUGUAUGACUUUCCCCCUGUGAGUCUCAGCUCUCAGCCCAGCCCACAGCACCUGCUCUCAAGGACACAGCAAGAAUCACGAGGCUAUAUGGAUAAUAUGACACAUUCCUCCGUGUCAUCAGAUGGAGACCUGUUUCACUCCGAAGUAACAUCGAGGCCCGCCCCCUACCAGAGAGGGUUUGGGUCCAUGCAGUCCAUGAGCACCUCAAGUCCACUCCCUAAGAUUGACAGCCCCGUUCCAGCUCACUCAUGGUUAGACAGUGGUUCUAACACCCCCUUGAGUUACUAUACACCCCAGCCUUCACCUCCACUCUCACUUUCCACGCCGAACGCCCACAGCUCCCCUCGUGCCCUGCCAUCCAGUUUUGAUGUAGGGAACUUGGAGCUUAGUCUACUGGAAGCAAUGGAGGGUCUGGAAUCUCUGGGCUUAAAUGGAACCCAGCCACCACUUUUACCUCAGAAGAGGAGAGGGAUGGAUGGAGGAGAGCUAUCCCUGAAUUCAACAUUCAGCCUCAGUGGAGGUUUCAAUAACAAUGAGUCACCUAUAGCAUCUUCUCCUAGUCCAGAUUCAUUCUCCAGUAAAACUGACAAUGUGAAAUUUGUUCAAGACACAUCAAAGUUCUGGUAUAAGCCGGAUAUCUCCAGAGAGCAGGCUAUCGCAGUGCUGAAAGAUAGAGAGCCCGGCGCCUUCAUCGUCAGAGACAGUCACUCGUUCAGAGGAGCAUAUGGAUUAGCCAUGAAGGUGGCCACGCCCCCGCCUUCUGUCCUACAACAGAGCAAGAAAGUGGGGGAUCUGACCAGUGAGCUUGUGCGUCACUUCCUGAUCGAGUGCACACAGAAAGGAGUGAGGCUGAAGGGCUGCCCAAAUGAACCCUACUUUGGAAGUUUAACAGCUCUCGUGUGCCAACAUUCCAUCACACCACUGGCCUUACCUUGCAAACUAAUCAUCCCAGACAGAGACCCUCUGGAAGAGUUGAGCGAGUCUCAAGGGCAGACAUCUACAAACUCAGCCACCGAGUUACUGAAACAAGGAGCAGCAUGUAAUGUAUGGUUCCUGGGCAGUGUGGAGCUGGAGUCUCUGACAGGUGUACAAGCAGUACAAAAGGCCACCACAGUGAGUCUUAGUCAGGAUCCUCCAGCCACCUCGACUAUCGUUCACUUCAAAGUGUCUGCACAGGGCAUCACACUUACAGAUAACCAGAGGAAAUUGUUCUUCAGGAGACAUUAUCCUGUUAAUACAGUCAUAUUCUGUGCUCUGGACCCUCAAGACAGAAAAUGGACGAGAGAUGGCUGUUUGGAUGCAAAGAUCUUUGGUUUUGUAGCGAGGAAGAGCGGGAGCAGCAUGGAGAACGUGUGUCACCUUUUCGCUGAGCAUGACCCCGAGCAGCCGGCCAGUGCUAUCGUUAACUUCGUCUCUAAGGUGAUGAUUGGCUCCCAAAAAGCCAAAUAAAGUCAAGCGUGCUCUUUUCCCCAGCCAUUUUCAUAUUGCAGUCUGGAUUGAGAGGCACAUGGCAACUGUUUUCUUCCAACUUGUGGACAUGUGGACUGGUGUCACCAACAAAAAUCAACAUUUUGUACCUAUAAAGGGGACAUCAAGACUACUGCAAACUAAUAAAGACUACAAACAGACUGUUGAGGACUAGAGCAUGGCCUUUGCACCUUAAGGCCACACAUAUGAGCUUGACGGCCUUGAACGCUCCACAGGAUGCUCUAUGCCUUUUAUACAGAUCGUCCGAUAGAGGGCGUCCUAUCAUCUCAGCUUAAAAUAACUUUAAAUUACCAGCUGUGUUGCUUGCAAAAAAGAAGCAGCAUGUGAUCUACAUACCAGAGUUACAGUCUUUACUGUGCAGACGCUGCAGGUUGUGUGAGAAUGCUUUCCUGACUUCGUUUCCAGGAAAGUCUUGAUUUGAAAAAUCAUAAAAUGCAAAAAACGUUUCGCAGCUCUGUUUCGUUUCUUGGUGCUUUCAUGAUAAUGGCAUGCAGCAAACUUGAGUAAAAUGCACUGCUUCUUGAAUUAAACAGAAAUCCUAUAAGUGGUAUUGAAUCAUUAGUUUUGCUCUGCCAAAGGUAAUUCACUCAAACGUCAAAAAAAUAGUUUGUUUUUUUUUAAAUAGUGUGAUCAGUGUUUAGAUACAUUUUACAGAUAAUCUGGGCUGCUAAAUGAGGCAAACUGUUUAAUAUCCAUUGAAAAAAAGUAGUUUUUAUAGAAGCUUGAACAGCCCUCUAUUUAAAAAAAAAAUCUUCUUGAAACUGGACUGUAGCCUGACUUUUUUUUUUUUACAAAGCCUCUCUGUUACUGCCAUAAAUUACAUAUGAAAUGUUUUUACUUGGCUAUUUAAAUUCUGAUAUUAAUAAUUAGUGGCAUUUGGCAUAUUCUAUUGGUAAAAUAUGUAUCAUAUGCAUCAUAGCUCAUAUUUUGUUUAUGCUUCUUUUAUGGCUUGUAUUCGGCAGUGCUUGAUUAUAAAUUGUCCAUAGAAACACUCUAGUGUGCUUGGAAUUUGAUUACUAAAUCAAUCGAGUUUGUCGAUUGAAUACUGACUAACUAUUUUUAAAAUCCAUUUAUCAACCUGGUAAGAUUCCUGAUCAAUCAUGUUUAAUGUAAGUGCAAAUAUUUAUUUUUCAGCAUUACGUUGCAUUAUGAUCUGUUUAGAAAAUCUGUGUAUUCAUCUCAUAAAUCAUAAUCAACCCACUGAUCUGAAGGAUUUUCUUCCUUGUCAGUGAAUUUCUCAACAAAAAUAAAACUCCUUUUUCCAUUUCUGCUCCUAGAUAACCACAUAACCAGUACAUUCAUUAUAACUGAGAACUUAUAGUGCAGCUUCCAUACUGUGUAUUAUUUUUUAUAUUUGCUCAGUUUUCUUUUUGAAUGUAAUGUGCUCAUGUGCUUUGAAGACUGUGUGUUGAUUUCUGUUUCACUUUCUAUAUGUACCUUCUGUCAGCUUUUGUAUGUUUUUCCUCUCUUAAUGCAGAAAGCUAACUAGUUGAUGAAGAAAAUUAUUGUCAGUAUUUUUAGCAACAUUAUUGAUUAUUGGUUCUUUCAGCCUUGUUAAGUCUCCCCCACUGCACUCCCCCACAGUGAUGAUGAUGAAUUCUAGUUGCUACUUACUGGGUAUAAAACACAAGUUUACUGACUUUAAACAGCACCUAAUCAACAUAUACAGUGUAUUUAUUCUGUAAAGAAAACUGCAAGAUGCUUUAUGUCAAAUAGAUCUAGAACUUAGACCCCAGGUUUUAACACAUACACAUUUUUUUUUUUCAGUAUGAAGGAAUGGCAAAUACUUUAACCUUUUAUCGCUUUCAGUUUAAAUAUCUCUCUCUCUCUCUCUGAUAAUCUCCACCCAGGUGUAUUUCUUGUAAAUGAUGUAUAAAUACAAUAUGACUGCAUC